AUGCCGUCAAGAUUCAACCUUCGACAAAAGGUCUUCGACCUCAUUUUCAAGGCUCAUCACAAUGAACUUGAGCAGGUGUCGACCAUGGUACAAGACUUCCUUGGGGGUCGCCUGACUCGAGAGGAACUUGAAGAAAAGUACUGCAACUCACAAAAGAAAACUCCGAAGCUGCCAACCCUAGCUGUCGGCAACCUUGAUACUCAGAAAGUCGAGGAGAUCCUUCAUCUAAAAGCAACCCAACCAGACAAUGAGCUUACGCAUGUCCCUUUUAUUUCGACCUCGACCGAGCUUAAGAGUGUCCUAACGAAAGUUGAUGCCGCUCAUUCUAAAAAUCCACUGAAUGAAGCUAGCAUUCGUUGGACGCUCGAUUUACUGCUUGUGUACGCCCAUGACAUCGCCACUUUCAGCCAGCCCGACGCCGGCCAAAAUAUCGGCAUACAGACAGAAAGAAACUGGGUGUUUGAACCGGUGACGUAUCAGAAGAAGAAGUUUGCGCUCGUCGGCAAACCGGACUAUGCAGUCUGGUAUGGCAAUGUCGACGACAUAGCAGUAAACAUCGUUAUUAUGGAAGCGAAGUCUCAAAAUUCUACCAGCCAAGGAGUUCCCCAAUGCCUUGCCUAUAUGGGUAUGGUCCACCGACUCAGACGACGGGAGAAGAAAAAGAAUUGCACAGUGUACGGCGUGACGGCGGACGCGCAAUUUUUCUUCUUCCUUAAAAUAGACGAAAAGUCAAGGUGGUCCACGGUUAUGGUUACAGCUGCUGGUGGCAAGUUUGACCAUAUUCUCAGCAUGCUUGUCUAUCUUCUGCGCAAGGCGAGGGAGGCGUCUCCAACACACUCAAAGGAGUCCUCCGCCCAGUCACAUGCCAAGGAAGGAUCCGGGGGUUCGCUGUAUGCAAGUGAGGAUUACAAAAUGGGGAAUACGUAA